AUGGCUGUGUCGAAGUCUACGAAUACGUACAAUCGUCAGAAUUGGGAAGAUUCCGAUUUCCCGAUUUUAUGUCAAACAUGCCUUGGUGAUAACCCCUAUAUUCGAAUGACUAAAGAGAAAUAUGGCAAGGAGUGCAAGAUCUGUGUACGCCCUUUCACCGUAUUUAGAUGGUGUCCGGGAGCAAGAAUGCGUUUCAAGAAAACAGAAAUAUGUCAAACGUGUUCAAAAUUGAAGAAUGUAUGCCAAACAUGUCUCUUAGAUCUUGAAUAUGGAUUACCGAUACAAGUCAGGGAUGCUGCUCUUAAAAUACAGGACGAUCUGCCUCGUAAUGAGGUCAAUAAAGAAUAUUAUAUCCAGAAUUUAGAUAGUCAAAUGUCUAAAUUUGAUCCGAGCCAGCCGAGCAAUUCGGCUCUGAAAUCUAAGGGUGCAUCGGAUCUAUUGAUGCGGUUAGCAAGGACAGCUCCGUAUUACAAGCGUAAUAGACCUCAUGUAUGUUCGUUUUGGGUCAAAGGAGAGUGUAGGAGAGGUGAGGAGUGUCCAUACAGACAUGAGAAACCAACAGAUCCUGACGACCCCUUGGCUGAUCAAAAUAUUAAGGAUAGAUACUACGGUGUAAAUGAUCCCGUGGCUGAGAAGUUGAUGCGUCGUGCUGCGGCCAUGCCAGCGCUGCCUCCUCCCGAAGACAGAACGGUCACUACAUUAUACAUUGGCAACCUGCCGGAGAAUAUUACUGAAGAGGAAUUAAGAGGCCACUUCUAUCAGUAUGGUGAAAUAAGGUCAUUGACUCUAGUCCCGAGGGCUCAAUGUGCAUUUGUUCAAUAUACUACUCGGAGUGCGGCCGAGCAUGCAGCUGAGAAAACCUUCAAUAGGUUGGUGAUAGCUGGCAGGAGACUCGCCAUCAAGUGGGGAAAAUCACAAGGUGAGGAUUAA